GUGACAACUUGCGCCAAAUUUGCAGGCGUGUUGUUUAGCGGCAGCAGAGAUUUUACAAUCUGACUCCGAACAAACAACAACAACAACAAGAACAACAAGAUGGUGAAGAUGAACUUCUAUGUGCUCUGGUCCCUGCGUGACGCUCCACGCCAGUUCAUCAGCAAAUCCACCCGGAGAUGUUUCCAGGUCCACGUGCCGCUGCCGCUGCCCAAACAGCUCGUCAUCUUCGGCCUGGGCGAGUGGAGAGGAGGUGGCACCGCCACCAUCUCAGUGGAGGUGGUGGUCAGUGCGGAGCUGCAGGCCCAGAGGAUCGGGACCCUGACAUCUCAGGCAAGGUGUCUUACCUGGGAGGGAGACUGGAACCCGGACAUCGCCUCUGUGGCAGCAGAGAGGGGCCGGAGAGGAGUUUAUGGCAAGAUUGUUCUCACAGUGUGUGAAGAGACUGUUGACAAUGCUGUGACGACUUGUGACUGGUCACAGGAUGAAUCCAGCGUCCUCAGCAGCACUCCUCUGGCUCAAAGGAAGUGUCUUUUCCCGGAGCAGCACAAUGCAACUGAUCUUGGCAGCACUCUGCACCACGCUGCUGAAAAUGAUACGGUUACAACCAAUUCCUCACAGUUGUGUGACAGUGUUUCUUUUGCCGAGAUCCAAGUGCGCAAAAUUUACACCAGUUCCAUCACAGUGGCCAACAAACCCACAUUUUGGCCCACGGAGAAGACACCGAGGCGGACGGUGAUCAGUAAAAGAGGCCACAUGACCUGGAGCUCUGAGGACAUGGACAGUCUCACUGAGGACACAGACCAGGCUUCAACCCCAAAGAAAAAAAGGCUGUACAGGAUGAACAGCAAGGAAGGACUGACAGCGCAGAUAAAGAGUGACAACAGAAAAGUUUCAGUGUGUCCAUCGACGCGCUGGAGCCACACGAUGUGUCUGAGCGACCCCGACACCGCCGUCCUCAUCGGGGGAGAGACGGCAGAUCAAAACUACUGCAAGGAUUCCCUGUGGAAGCUUGAGUUAGACAGUGACUUCUGGUUCCCCAUGAACUCCUCUGCCUCUGGACCUGUUCCACUUUGUGCCCGAGGACACUCUGCGACCUACGACCCAGACUCCAAGUCGGUGUUUGUGUACGGGGGCCUGAGGGAGGGUCAGCGCUACAGUGAGCUGUACAUCCUCAACACUCUGACCUGGAAGUGGAAGCUUGUCACUGCGAAGGGGAACAUUCCAACUCUGGCGUAUCACUCUGCACUGUUCUACAAGAAGGAGCUGUUUGUGUUCGGUGGAGUCCAUCCGGGACAUCCGUCCGGGGAGAAGUCCUGCAGCAAUGCUCUGUACAUCUUCAACCCAGAGUUUGAGCUCUGGUACCAGCCCAUCGUGGAGGGCGACAAACCUCUGCCUCGGUUUGGGCACUCAGCCACGCUUCUCUCGCAGAAGUUGAUGAUAUUCGGUGGCAGGAAGACUGCAACCUACCUCAAUGAUCUCCACGUUCUAGAUCUGGGAUUUAUGGAGUACACAGCUGUGAAGUGUGGGAACAUGCCCCCGUUGCCUCGAGGGUUUCAUGCGGCGGUCCCAGUUUCAGACAACAGGAUUUUAAUCAGUGGCGGCUGCAGUUCGAUCGGAACGCUCCAAGACGUACACGUCUUCAGCACUGAUACCAACAUGUGGAGUUCGGUGGUGUCUCCCGUGCUUUGCUCCAAACCUCGUGCUGGACACAGCAUGCUGAGUUUGAGCUGCUCCGUCCUGACCGACACUGAGAAGCACGAGCCGAGUGAAGACGUCAGAGUUUACUGCACAGUGCUGGUGUUUGGUGGGUCCGACUGCUCCGGUACCUUCUACAACGACACACUUAAGUGCACAGUGGAGCUUCCUGGAGGAAAGUGAUGGAUCGUCAGAGAAAUUUCAGGACAAUAGAUUUUAGUUUUUUUUGGUCUUCGAACAGAUUGAGGAUGAUGCUGUGACCUCCAAGUUUGUUUUACUCCACAGUUCUCUCUUCUGUCUUUCUUUGCAUGUUAUUUAAUUGUAAUUUGACUACUUAGUCUUUACUGUUUUUGUAUUCCUUUAUUUCAUUCUUUUAUUAAAUCCUCUUCAGUAAAGAGUUAUUUUUCCACCAUGCAGCCAACAGUGUGCAGGUGGUGGGGUGGCCACUUUGCAUAACAAAUCUGAUUUGCAUGUUUUGCACGUAACACCCAUAUCAGUAUAUAAUGAUAGCAAAAUGCUGGACUGUCCUUUUAAAAAAGUAAUUUUAUAUUAAAUAUUUUAAGCCAACAGUCUCUUCACUCUUUGAAAUGUUUUGUACAGUAACAACAGUCAAAGUAUUAUUUUCAAAGUGUUUUAUUAAAGAAAGCAUCAUAUUACAUGUGUAUAGCUGUUAUGUGCGAAGAUCGGAAGGCGUGUCUGGUUGGCAAGACGGGUGGCUCACUUUGAAA